AAGAAGUGACUAAACCGUUAACAGAAGCUCAUAUAAUACAUCCAUGGUAUAAACCAAUCGAAACAUUGGAUAGGUCUUGGCAAAUGCCUAACCAUUCCUCUAAGUUUCAAGUCCAAUUACUUACCAAAAAAGCUAUUAUUCCUAAUAAAGCUUAUGCAUCGGAUGCAGCAUGGGACAUAUUCGCUGCUGAAGAUUGCGUAGCCAAUGAAAAUGGAGUAGCGAUAGUACCUACCCAUAUUAAAUUGCAAUAUGAAAAAGGAUAUUAUGGUCAAUUAAAGACUAAAUCCUCUCAAGCGAUUAAAGGAAUAACAGUUUUAGGUGGAAUAUUGGAUGAAGGUUAUAAAGGAGAAAUUAAAGUAAUUCUCCAAAGAGCAUUACAACCUGAUCUUAAAAUUAAGCAAGGAGAAAAAGUAGCUCAAUUAAUAAUCUGCAAAAACGAAGAUGUAACAGAAGAAAACGUACAUCUCGAAGAAAGAGGAAUUAGAGGAUUUGGCUCGUCUGGCAAAUGGGCUAAAGACUCUGAAACUCUUAAAGAUAGGGAAAAACGCCUCAAACAAAUUUUAAAUAUUACUACGUCCAAGGAUCCAGAAAUUACCUUGGAACAAAAAGAACAACU